AUGACACAACGCAAAGGCGAGAAGACGACCAUAAGCAUACAGGAACACAUGGCUAUUGAUGUGUGUCCUGGACCAAUUCAACCCAUUAAACAGAUCUCUGACUAUUUUCCCCGCUACCCGCGGGGUCUCCCCCCGACAGCGCCGCCGGCUCUCAGCCGGACCGGAUCCCUGCGCUCCUCCACCGCCAGCCAGCAGUCCGAAGGCACCGCCUCCGCCGCGGAUCCCGCCCGGGACGAUGACGACCUGGACCGGGCCUUCGGAGCGGCCGCGGCCCCCCCGCCCGGCAAGAAAGAAGAGGAGCCAGACAUGGAGGGCUACGACUCAGACGACUCCACCACUCUGGGAACCCUGGACUUCAGCCUUCUCUACGACCAGGAGAACAAUGCCCUGCACUGUACCAUCAACAAGGCCAAGGGCCUCAAACCAAUGGAUCACAAUGGGCUCUCAGACCCCUAUGUCAAACUGCACCUAUUGCCUGGGGCCAGCAAGGCCAACAAGCUUCGAACCAAGACGUUGCGAAACACCCUUAACCCUGUCUGGAGCGAAACCCUGACCUACUAUGGCAUCACUGAUGAAGAUAUGGUUCGCAAAACACUCAGGAUUUCAGUAUGUGACGAGGACAAAUUCCGCCACAACGAGUUCAUCGGGGAAACCCGCAUUCCCUUGAAGAAACUCAAACCCAACCAGACCAAGAAUUUCUACAACUGUCUGGAGAAACAGUUGCCGAUUGACAAGACGGAUGACAAGUCCCUGGAGGAACGAGGCCGGAUCAUGAUCUCUCUCAAGUACAGCUCUCAGAAAUCCGGCCUGGUGGUGGGCAUCAUCCGCUGUGCCCACCUCGCUGCCAUGGAUGCCAACGGCUUCUCUGAUCCCUACGUCAAAACGUACCUGAAACCAGACGAGAACAAAAAAUCAAAGCACAAAACUGCUGUCAAGAAGAAAACCCUUAACCCAGAAUUCAAUGAGGAGUUUUUCUAUGAAAUCAAGUAUGCAGAUCUGACUAAGAAGACCCUGGAGGUAACAGUGUGGGAUUACGACAUUGGAAAGUCCAAUGAUUUUAUAGGCGGCGUUUCUUUAGGUAUCAACGCUAACGGAGAGCGGCUGAAGCACUGGUUCGACUGCCUCAAGAACAAGGACAAGAAAAUCGAGCGUUGGCACACGCUUACCAAUGAACUGCCCGGCUCAGCGUACAACGACUGA